AAUCAAGCAAUCAAAAGUACAUCAAAGAUAUCUUGCACAUAAUCUAUGGUUGGUUUCUUAUAAUUACCUUUUAGAUACUGUGGAUAUAAUAGAAUUAACAACGAUGUUGCGAAAUACUGAAAUAGAUGAUAUUGUUUGCCCAUAUUUAAUUGUUUCGUUACUUUCUGCUCUUGACACGUCACCAGAACACAUAUCAGCUGAUAUACCUGCGAAACAUAUGCAUGACAAAUUGAUUCGGAAUAAAGAUUUUAUAAAUAACUUUACAAACAUUAUUGAUAAAGAACGAUGGAAGAUUGAAGCUGCUAGAGCAACUGUUAUGAUUCAAUGGUGUCCUUUUAUCUUAGAGGCAAUACACAAAUCACCUACAUUAGAGGCACAAUUGAUUAUCAAAGAAGAACAUUUAGGGGAAAUGUUUCAACGUGCAGUUGCCAAAGAUGCUUUCCAAUUUAUACUUCAUUAUUUGUUAUCUUUCCAGAAUACUGAGAUGGAAUCUAUGUGUAUCGAAAUAAUGCCAAGUGCAACAACAUUAUGUGAAACACUUAGUCCCGAGGAUGUUGAAUUCCCGCCUCCAGGUAUGGUGCCGGAAACUUUCAUAAUUAUAUCGGAGGACUUUGAAUUAUAUAUUCGAAAACAACUCGAGUUGUUUGUUAUAUCAAUUGUGACCAGAAUGGGAAAUAAUUUACAAAGGAUCAGACGGCAGGAAGAAGAUGCUAUUCAAUCAGCAGAUGCGGAAUCUUUAACUCGUUCAACAAUAAAGAAAUCUGCUGUAGUGCGUCAUGACACAGAGACUUUUUUCUUCUUGAUUGCAAAUAUAUAUAGGAAUCAUCCUGAUGAAGGUUUCAGAUUUUGGAUGGAUUUGAAAGAACAAAUUAUUGAUUGGGGAUCUAGUGUUUAUGAAAAAGGAAUGAGGCGUGGUUAUUUGGAAAUGCUUUGUUCAUUGGCAACUGGUCCUUAUUGUAGUGGUUAUGCUGAUGAAUUUCUUUCACGCAGUUCUGAGCAAAAUAAAGUAUGGUGUUCAUGGCGUACUUUAAUUGGUACCAUUGAUAUUUAUACACGUGACGAAAACGAUGAAAAACAAAUCGUAAAAGAUGAGGCUAUGCUUUUAAUAUCGUUCAUUCGUGUUUUUCGGCAAGUUAUUCAAUAUUCAAUACAAGCCAGAUUAAGAUUUCUCCAAGAUAAUGUUUUAAGAUUGCUUUUUCGUCUGAUGUGUCGAAAUGUUCAUACUGAAUUGAAAGCAGAGCUUCUUUAUGCCAUUGCAUCUUUCUGUAUGCCAGAUUAUGCUGACCAUAUUUAUAUCGCAAGACAAGUUUGGAAUCUUUUAGAAGAUGCUCAAAUUGUUCCAACCGUACCAAAAGAUAUUGUCUUCGACCCAGCCAACGUUUGGGAAGUCUCGAAUAUGCAAGCACAGGAUCCACCAAGCAUUAAAAAGGAGAUUGAGGAAACUGAAUCUCGCGAGAAGUUAUUUUUCGUAACUUUAGCAUUUGUACGAUUUAUUAGCGAAUUGAUUUACAUUCCUCAUUUUAACGCAUCAUUAUGUUGUGGAUUCCCUGUUCGUUCUAUGUCUAUUGAUGAUCUUCUUGGAGCAGGUUAUCGACAACCUGGCAUUGCACCGUAUAUCAAUUUUAUUCUGGAUGAUAUUUUUAUUAAAGCACUUGCGCGUGAUUAUAAAUUCCCUACACAACAAUGGAAUAUAAUAUCGGCUUCCUUGGAAGUCAUUGAAAAAUGCAUGAUUUCUUUUGACUUGACUGGUCCAUUAUUUUAUGACGAUCAAUCUACAAAGUCAUCAGAAUCAACACCAUUCGUUCAGAGAAGUAUUAGUAAAGAUGAACUUAUUCUUUUCAACAACAAUGCGAUUAAAUAUUUAAAGAAUCAUCCCGGAUUCGAUAUAAUGAAAAGAUUGUUGAAUAAUUCUCCUCUUGUGGAUAUGAUGUUUAAUAUUCUCAAUCAGGAUAUAGAAUCACUUGAUGAAGUUGAUGAAGUUAAUAGGAAAUCAUUCUCACCAUUCAUUAAAGAGUCUAUUCUGCGAUGUUUGAGAAUAUUCUGGUUAGCAUUUGAAAAGCAGGACCGAUUUUUAAAUAAAUUAAUUCCGUUAGUGAGUCAGACUUCUCCGGGAUACCUUGAAAACCUGGAAAAUGCAUUCCUUUCCAAACAAGACAUUAUUGUUCAAAUUGCAUCAUUAUUAAAUUGUGAAAAUGCUGAGAUAUGUUUAUAUGCUGUCAAAAUUUUAUCUGCCCUCGCUAGAUCUUCACUAUUUAAUCCAAUAGGCGUAGAGAAUAGAUUAGCAGCUAUCUUGGAUUCUGAUCCGAGUUCAGAGGCAAUUCUUGAUGUAUUUGUCAUGAGGUUGGAUAUCAAUAGUGGUGAUGAUGUUUGGGACAAAAAAUAUAGAUUCGAAGAUUUUGAGCUGACACGACUUGGACUUCAGGCUUGGGCUAUACCUGGGGACGAAGAAUUUAGUGCGAUACCAUCAAUAGAAGACACAGAAAUAACAUUUGGCACAGUAAGGUGUGCCAUUUUGGACUUAAUAUUAGAGAAUUUAAGACCUGAUAAAACACCGCCUACAAUCUCACAUUUUCUUCUGGGUUAUGAUCUUCGUGGAUCAUUGCAAAAGUCAAUAAUCAAGUAUAUAAAUCAAGAUAGUCUUAGAGAGUCUUGCUUACAUAAAAUAUUGGAAAUGCUUGGCCAACCGAUUCAUGAUGAUACUGAAACUGAUAAGCAGUAUUCUGUACUAUCAGAGUUCCCCGCGUUAGCGGCUUGUUGUUAUCAGAUUAUUUACAGACUUUGUAGGGAUAACCAUACUUCUGAACCGACUAUGUUGUUUCUCCGUAGUCAAGGGUUUGUACAAAAGCAAUUUACAGCAAUGCCUUUAUAUAUUAUUAAACCAAAUCAAUCCAUUGCUUGGGAUUCUGGCACAAUCACAAAUUAUAACAAGGGUCCAAUUUCUAUUGAUUUAAUUAACCUUUGCGCAAAUAUUAACCAAAGGACAUGGUUAAUGAAAAUAUUGGCUUUGGAGUUACGUAAAUGCCAGACACUUUCCGGUAUUGAACAAUUGCUAGCUUUGAUACUCGGUGCUAAUAUAAUAAAACCACAAGAAGGUGCAACUGAUGAGGAAGUUUUGGCUCCUUCUGCGAUUAAAACUCGUGAAAUUUUACAUAUGUUGGAAUUAGACUGGAAUGAUCCGUGGAAAAUAGAUGCGCCCGAAAAUUUCUCCAGUAUGAUCAACCACAAAGCUUGUUUAACGCUUUAUGAACGAGGAAAUAAAAGAUAUAGACUACGAGAUAUUUUCUCUGAAUUAAAUCAGGCAUUCGAUCAUUCACGCAUUGCACAGGAUGGUAGCUUACGUAAAAGGAUGAUGCAUAUAUUAAGGUAUUGUUACUAUCUCAAUCGUAACGAAGAAUUUAACCUUUCCAGGUAUGAAGGAUUUAAAGCUUGGAGGGAAGUAAUUGAAGUAAUUAUUAUAGACCAUUAUACUCGCUUGCGGCUUCAUGUACGCGAGUCUACUUUUCUCGAGAUUCUUUCCACGUUAUUAACAACAUUGCAGCGCGAAGGAAAUGCCAUUGCAAUUGUCCUCAGUAAAGUUAUUCUUGCAGCAAUUACAGCAAUACGGUCAGAUCAUAUGCGCCUACACACUUUACGAUCUCAAUUUAGGGUGGCAUCACGGAAUCUCUCACCUAUAUUCAGUCAGAUUCUUGAAUGCCUUUUCGUACCAGGAAUCCCACCUGAAGUACGAAACAAUUUGUAUGCAACGAUAUAUAAUUAUUUGCAUUAUAUUGACGUUCAAUCAGCUAUUGGUGCUGGAAAACUACUUAAAGGUGUUGGCGAUAGAUUACUCGAUAUCAUCUUUGAAGACGCGGCAAAUGGACAUGUAGUUGGAAAAUUAUGUGCUUUAAAUGCAUUGACUGCUAUUUACAGAUUACUUAAACAAGACAAAGGAAAUUUAAUCAUUAAAUAUAUCAAGUCUAAUUUUCUUGGAGGCAUCAUUACGAGUUUAACAAGUCAGAACGAUUUGCUAUUGCAGGCAAAAGAGCAACAGCCUGAAUUAAGUGCAAUGCAUGCAAUAUACGUAUUUGAAGCUAGGAUGGGGCUUUUACUGUGUCUUGCUCAACGUCAUGACCUUUCAUUAGAACUAUUGAAAAAGGGUAUUAUUGAAUACUUGGGUGAAUUAACUUUCUUGAAUGAACGACCAAGUUUUAAUAGUCAUAGCGCAGAUUCCUAUGGAAAACCGGCAUAUAAACUAUAUCAUGAUCUUUUAAUGAUGGUGAUUCGUCUUAUUACUUGCAUCCUUGCAACUGUUGGAUGUGAUGAAAAAGCGUUGAAUAAGGUUACAAACUUCGUCUGCGGACAUCAAGGACUGAUAGCUGAAAUUUUUACUGAUAUCCCACUCUUUGAUCAUUUAAACUUUCAAAACUCGGAGAAACGUGCAAUAUUUAUUAUGACCGUUGAAGUAUUACAAGAAAUAACACGUUUGUUUUAUAUCUUGGGUGACAAAAUAAAAGAUAUUGAUAAAGUCCGUCGGGAAUCCCAUCAAAGCACUUAUCAAGAAUUUCUUAAAGAAUUGAUUUCACGAUUCUUUCCUGCCAGGAAGCGGAUAUCCAGUAUGAUCGAUGAUGAAAAUUCGAGGAUUCAAUAUAUACGACAACGUGUGGAGAAUAUUAAUGAAAAUCUUUUAGGAUGGUGUCAAAAAAUGACAUCCCCUUACAAGAAAGAUCAAAUAGAUUUCGAGCCAAUAUUUACUGCAUCUCUUGACGCUGCUAAAAGACCAGACGAUGAUUAUCAUGGUGAUAUGAAGCAUCCAGAACUUUCCAUUCUCGUUAACUAUCUUCGUGAUUCAAUUGAGAAUCUCGACAAAAGUUUACAGAAUCUUGAUAAAUUAACCUCACAACUUGAUAAGGGUGAGGAUGCAGCACUAAGUUAUAAGAUAGAGGGUCUUUCUUCGAUUUCUGGUGACUUGGUUGGAUUGAGUGAUUCUCAACGCAAGGCAUUAGCUUAUCGAAUUGUUCAGGAAGAUCAUGAUACAGCAUCAAAACGUGUAUCACACUGUUUAUAUGACGUUGAAGUUUCUUUACCAUUAUUGUGGCGUCAUCUAGAUUAUUAUUUGAACCCUAAAAGAUCACAUAUAUCACAGGAGUACUUGCGAAAAAAUGCACCGGUCGUUUUGAAAGAUAUAUUAACCAGAUUGGAAUGUUUAGAAAAGCAACCGAAAAUAAAGGAAAUCCUUGAACGAUUUGGAGCUCGGGAUAAUUAUUUUCAAGAAUCCGUGCGCAAACUUAACGCGCUUAUCGAUCCAAAAUUAUAA